CGCGACUGGAUAGAGUUUACUGAAGUCCCGAUUCAGAGGGUCACGGUGCAUUUUCCCCCACCCAAAGGGUGAUCAGAUGAUGGCAUGGCUUUGAAGAGAGGUCCAGGGGACGGCAUGAUGGGUCACCUCCCCUGCCUGGGCCUGGUGCUGCUCCAUUUCCUCCAGAGCUGGGGCCAGCUGCUGCAGUUGAGGACGCCCCCGUCCACUUUCCAGUUCACCGACGGCAUCUACAACACCACCAUUUAUGAGAACUCCGCCGCCAGGUCGUACGUCCGUAGCGAGGUGAAGAUGGGCAUCUCCCUGGUGGGUCGGCGCUCCAUGGACAUCAUGUACGCCAUCGAGUCAGGUGAUGAUGAGGGGCUCUUCCAGGCCGAGGAUUAUAUCUUGGGAGACUUCUGCUUCCUCAGGAUACGGACUAAUGGAGGGAAUGCCGCCAUUUUGAAUCGUGAAGUCCAGGAUAAUUACACGUUAAGUGUGAAAGCCACCAGCAAAGGUGGCCUGGAGGCAUUCGCUAAAGUGAACGUGCAAGUUCUUGACAUGAAUGACCUUCGACCUUUAUUCUCGCCCACUUCCUACUCUGUAGUUGUUCCCGAGAGUGCUGCUCUGGGUGCUAGUGUCGCCCAGGUGACCGCCACCGACGCCGACACAGGUUCCAACGGAGAGUUCUACUACUUCUUUAAAGUUCGUGUAGAAAUAUUUGCCAUCCAUCCGACCAGUGGUGUUAUUUCUCUGAUUGCCAGACCUGACGCCAGCUCACAAAACAGAUAUGAACUCGACGUCCUGGCUGUUGACAGAGGGAUGAAGGUUUAUGGAAACACUGGAGCCAGCAGCACGGCCAAAGUAACUAUCACAGUGGAACGGGUCAAUGAGUUUGCACCAGUUUUGAACGCAGUCGCUCUCACCCCAUCUUUGGCAGAUAAGGAACCGAUAUAUGCUGUAAUCACUGUGGAAGAUUUAGAUGAUGGACUGAAUGGAGACAUAGAAUGGGUCUCCAUUAUAGAGGGAGACCCACAGGAACAGUUUGUUAUUGAUCGAUCUGCUGUUGGCAAUCAAUACAGGGUUAAGAUGUCUGAAUCGGUAGCCUGGGAAAAAUUUCCAUACGGUUGCAACCUCACGCUCCAAGCGAAGGAUCGAGGUAUGCCGCCCAAGUACUCUAAUGUGCAGUCUAUUCAGUUAUUGAUUGAGAAGCCACAGGCUGUCCCAGUCAGAUUUGAAAAAGACAGUUACAGUGUAACACUGAAUGAGAUUUCCCCACCAGGGAGCAUCGUUGAGACGAUAAGGGUCACUCCUCAACCGAAAGGCGUGGGCUACAGCCUGACAUACACAGCAGAGUCAGAUUAUUUUAUCAUUAACAGUCGAACAGGUGUGAUCACUACCGCAAGAAGAUUCACCACAAUGGUCCAAGAUGCGCUUGAGCUUGAGGUGAUGGAGACUCGCUCGGAGCUGAAAGUAAAAGUGCAAGUUAGCAUACAGGAUGCUAACGACAACAGUCCUAUCUUCGCCAAGACAUCAUACGAUGUGGCCAUCAACGAGGGUUUGCCGGUGGGGACUGUGAUACAGGUGAUAUCUGCCACAGAUGCUGAUGCAGGGGAGAAUGGAUACUUAACGCACAGUUUGGCCGGUGCCCUGCUGUUACCUUUCAGCAUUGACCAGAACACGGGUGAGCUGAGGGUAACGCAAGAGCUCGACUUUGAGACUUCGGCCGAGACGUUCCGAUUCGCGGUCAGGGCCUCAGACUGGGGCUCGCCCUACAGACGGGAGAACGAGGUCAAUGUCACCGUCCGCCUCCUGAACAUCAAUGACAAUCCACCUCUGUUUGAGCGCACAGAGUGCACAGGGGUGAUUGGACGGGAUUUCCCUGUGGGGCAGACUAUCAUGACUAUGUCAGCCGUGGACGUGGAUGAGCUGGAGACGGUCAAGUACAAGAUAGUUUCAGGUAAUAAGCAAGAUUUGUUUAACCUGAACCCAGACUCUGGGAUUCUGUCCCUACGCCGGUCACUUAUAUCAGUUGGAAUAGGAAGUGGACAGUUCUCCUUGGUCGUUGUGGCGACAGACGGAGAGCUCUUUUCAGAGACCACCUUUGUGAAUAUCUCUGUUAUGAGGGGAAGUGCACCUUCUAGAAAGUUCAACUGCAAGGACACAAGGGUUGCUCUGAUAUUAGCUGAGAAACUCCUCAAGAAAGCCAAGGCCAUGGAUAAGCGCAAGACGGAUGACACCUACACAGACAUCUUCUCCGUCAACAGACAGACCCCUCAAUUUGAGACCUUUCCCUCUGAUAUAUUAGUGCGCGAGGACUUACCUACUGGAGACAGUGUGUUCAAAGUCAAAGCACAAGAUGGUGACACGGGCUUAAAUGGGCGCAUUAUCUAUGCUAUAUCUAGUGGCAAUGUUGACAGUUGCUUCAACAUUGACAUCGAAAGUGGUUUAAUAACUGUCUAUCAACCGUUAGACCGUGAAAAGAAUGACCGGUAUCUCCUUAAUAUAACUAUAUAUGAUUUAGGUCUUCCUCAGCGAGCCAACUGGAGGCUAUUGACUGUAAACAUUGAGGAUGUGAAUGACAACAGUCCUCAGUUCCUACAGGAUAGCUACACUGUUAGUAUUCCAGAGAACAGAGCCAUUGGUAGUGAGGUGAUUCAGGUGACGGCCGUGGACAACGACUUAAGUUCAAAUGGAGAAAUCUUCUACACCUUACUCACCAGUACCCCUCAGUUUGACAUCAACAGAGAGAGUGGCACCAUUUUUGUAAAGGCACAGCUGGACCGGGAGUCGGUCUCAGAUUUUACUCUGAAGGUCGAAGCGAGAGAUAAAGCUGAGAAGGGCAACCAGAUGUUUUCCGUCACAACUCUGCGGAUCUUUCUAGACGAUGUAAACGACUGUGCCCCAGUGUUCAUUCCCAGCAGCUACAGCUGCCGAGUGCUGGAGGACCUUCCCGCGGGCGCGGUGAUCGCCUGGAUUCAGACGCAGGACCGCGACCUGGGCCCGGGAGGGUCCGUCACGUACUCCCUGACCAACGACUUCUCAGGGACGUUCGAGGUUCACCUCGAGAGCGGGGCAGUCAGGGUAGCCAGAGACCUGGAUUACGAGACUCAACAGUUCUACAACCUCACGGUGGUGGCCGAGGACGGUGGCUCGCCAGAUAAGCUGCAGUCUGUGUCUUACGUCGAGGUGGAGGUGGUGGACGUCAACGAGAACUUGUUCGAGCCUUACUUCACAGACUUCGUCCUCAGGGGGUUUGUGAAGGAGAACUCACGCCUCGGCACGAGUGUCAUGCAGGUGUCUGCCCAGGACGAUGACAAGGGUCGAGAUGGAGUCGUCCGAUACACCAUAAAAUCAGGAAGUGGCCUCGGAAGAUUUUCCAUCGAUGAGGAAACAGGCCUCAUCUACACAACGGGUACUCUGGACUGUGAGACCCAGGAUUCGUACUGGCUGACUGUUUAUGCCACUGACAGGGGUGUAGUUCCCCUCUCCACCUCCAUCGACGUCUUCAUCCAGGUGGAGGACGUCAAUGACAACGCUCCGUUGACCUCUGACCCCAUAUAUCACCCGUACAUUCCGGAGAAUUCUCCCAAAGACGUGUCCGUCAUUCAGAUCCAGGCUGAGGACCCUGAUGCCACGGCGGUCAACAGCCGUCUGACCUACAGGAUAACGGCAGGGAAUCCGCAGAACUUCUUCGCGAUUGGUCAGAGUACAGGACUCAUCACAACCACAUCCAGGAAGCUGGACCGCGAACAACAGGCUGAACACUUCCUUGAGGUGACUAUUAUGGAUGGGAGUGAGAGCUCUCGGCAGGCCACAGUAUGGGUCAUCGUCCACAUUCAGGAUGAGAAUGACAACAAGCCCGAGUUUCCAGAGACCGUCUACCGCAUCAGCGUCCCAGAGAGGGGGCGCAGCAAGCGGGGGGACCCCAUCUACAGGGUGUUCGCCUACGACAGAGACGAGGGGGCCAACGCCGACCUGACCUACAGCAUCCUCGACGGCAACCAGGACGGCAAGUUCUUCAUCGACGCCAAGACGGCCAUGGUGUCGUCCAGGAAGAUGGUCAAUGCAGGCAGCUUUGACAUCCUCACGAUAAAAGCAACAGACAAUGGCAAUCCCCAGAAGUUUUCCACAACCCGCCUCCAUAUUGAAUGGAUCCGCAAGCCGCUCCCUUCGUCAUCGCCCUUGCUGUUUACGGCACCUUUCUUCAAUUUCAGUGUCCCCGAGAAUGCCAAGGUGUCUGAAGCAGUGGGGACAGUCUCAGUUCACCAGAACACCAUACCACUGUGGUUUGAUAUCUCCGGUGGUCGCACAUCUCAAGAGAUGUUCUACAUACCUCAGACCCCAUGUGCUAACUGCUCUAUUGAAACAGGAAGUUAUGAUGGCCCGUUUGACAUUAAAAGAGGAAUGGGAACCAUUGUGAUUGCGAGGCCUUUAGAUGCAGAGGCCCAGUCCCUUUACAACAUGACUGUACAGGUCACAGACGGUACAAACACAGCAACCACUCAGGUAUUCAUCAGAGUCCUGGACAGCAACGACAACGCUCCGGUCUUCUCCCAGCCUUCAUACGACAUCACCGUCUCCGAGGAGACUCCAGCGGACACGGAGGUCUUAAGGGUGUCCGCCACAGACCUGGACAAGAGAGCCAAGCUGAGCUACUCCAUCCAUGGCAGCGUGGACCCAGCCAGCAUGAGGAUGUUCCAGAUCAACCCCGGCACUGGCGCUGUGUACACAGCCGACCGGCUGGACUUUGAGGCCCGCACUCAGCAUGUUCUCACCAUCAUGGUGAAGGAUCAGGAGUUUCCGUACUACAGAGAUCUGGCUAGAAUCUUUGUGGUGGUGGAGGACGCAAAUGAUCAAGCCCCUUAUUUCACAAGUACAGUGUACGAUGGGGUGGUCUUCGAGUCUGCUGCAGUUGGAACGCCAGUCCUGCAGGUCACUGCACUUGACAAAGACAACGGGAGAAAUGGAGAACUUAUCUACUCUGUUGAAGCAGGAAACACAGGGGGUGCGUUUAACAUCGACCCACUCACUGGAGUCCUGUCUGUGGCCAGAGAGUUGGACCUCACCUCGGUAGGAUACUACACGGUCACGGUGCGGGCGAUCGAUGGUGGCACGCCGCCCCUCAGUGCCACUGCCACAGUCAGGAUCGCUGUCGCUCUGUCCGUCAUCUCCAGCCCCAAGUUUACCCAACAGGAGUACCAAGCUGAAAUUACAGAGAACGUAGCAGUAGGGAGCUAUGUCACCACCGUCAGUGCGAUCAGCCGAACGGCACUCAUCUAUGACAUUGUCCAGGGAAACAGCGAAAGGAGAUUUGGCAUCAACCGCUACACUGGGGUCAUUACGACGCAAAGGCUCCUUGACUUUGAGGCUUCGGCAUUCUACACCCUUAUCAUUGAGGCGGUUAACAUGGCAGAGAUAGCCUCCAAUGCCACUGUCUCCAUACAGAUAGUGGAUGACAAUGACAACCCGCCGGUGUUCUGGCAGCUGAGGUACACAGGAACUAUCAGUGAGGCUGCACCCGUUAACAGCGUGGUUAUGAGUGAGAAUGGCAGCCCGCUGGUGAUCCAGGCUGUGGAUGCAGACCGGAACCAGAAUGCCCUCCUGGUCUUCGAUAUUGUCGAAGAUACCGCCAAAUCGUUUUUCACUGUGGAUUCCGGAACAGGAUCGGUCAGGACCAUUGCCAACUUAGACUACGAGACCUCCUCAGAGUUUUACUUUCGGGUCAACGUGAGGGAUAGUGGGAGGCCUCAGCUGACUGCUGAGAGACUUGCAGAGGUUGUCAUUAAGAUCACAAACACAAACGACUCUCCCCCCAAGUUUUCCCAGGAGGCCUAUGACGCCGUCCUGCUCCUCCCUACCUAUGCUGGUGUGGAGACCCUAAGAGUCGAGGCCUCUGACCCAGACUUGAGUGGACAGGGUAGUGACCUCAUCUACUCCCUGGCUGACAACAGCAUAGACCAGUUUGCCAUGGACCCUUCAACCGGUGUGCUCUCGGUGAGAAACAGCAGUCUCUCCAAGGACCGCUACCGCUUUAAUGUGAAAGCUUCCGACGGGCGUUUCUUCAGCACGGCAUUGGUGACAGUGGUUGUGAGGGAAUCCAUGGACAGCGGACUUGUUUUCAGCCAGCCUUCCUAUGUGUCCUCAGUGCUGGAGAACAACGUGAACGUCACCACGGUCGCUGUGGUCAACGCCGUUGGCAGCCGGCUUAACGAGCCCCUGAAGUACACCCUCUUGAACGCUGGGGUUCGCUUCGCGGUUAGACCCACAUCAGGAGUCAUCCAGACCACAGGGAUACCGUUUGACCGUGAGGAACAGGAGUCGUAUGACUUGGUGGUGGAGGCUAGUAGGGAGUAUGACCGAUUGCGAGUGGCGAGGGUGACUAUUACUGUUCAGGUGGAGGAUGUAAACGACAAUGCCCCAGAGUUCAUUGGCUUGCCAUACUACGCCACUGUGCAAGUGGAUGCUGAGCCUGGCUCGCUAAUUUUCAAGGUGUCUGCCACAGACCGUGACAAAGGGGUCAAUGGAGAGGUGUUCUACACACUGAAAGAGGAGCACAGGAACUUUGAGGUCAACCGUCUAACUGGUGAGCUUCUCUUGAAAAGGUCCUUCGAUGCUGAUCUGUCAAACGUUGAAUAUAAAGUGGUUGUCCUUGCCUGGGACGGAGGCUAUCCGUCACUCUUCACUGCUGUGGAUGUGCCUAUAACAGUCGUUAACAAGGCAAUGCCUGUUUUUGAAAAGCCCUUUUAUGGAAUAUCAGUCCUAGAGGACAUCCCAGUAUCGACCCCUAUUCUCAGCAUCAAUGCCACCAGCCCUGAGGGUCAGAAUAUCAUAUACACAAUUGUGGACGGAGACCCCUUCCUUCAGUUUGACAUUGGCUUCGACACCGGGGUCAUCAGUGUUGUCUACCCUUUAGAUUUUGAGGUCAACCCCUACUACCGCUUAACAGUGCGAUCCACAGACACUGUUACGGGGGCGAGGUCAGAGGUUGAUGUGGACAUUGCUGUGCUGGAUGUUAACGACAACGCUCCCAUCUUCGAGAAGUCAUCUUACACAGCCACGAUUGCUGAGAAUUCAAUGAUCAGUUCUGCUGUUCUGCAGAUCUUGGCCACUGACAAAGAUUCGGAGAAGAACAAUUUGAUCCGCUACCAAAUUUUGUCCGAUGCCUUCAACAGCACAGAGUAUUUUAUUGUUGACAGCAGCAGUGGGCUUGUCCUGACCACCCGCAUGCUUGAUUAUGAGCAAACACAGCGUUAUGGCUUCAUCGUAAGAGCAACAGACAAUGGGGACCCUGCACAAAGCAGUGAGGUUUCUGUCACCGUCCUGGUCAUUGACACUAAUGACAAUCCUCCAGCGUUUAAUCAACCACUCUACGAUGCCUUUGUGAGUGAACUUGCUUCGAGGGGCCAUUUUGUGACCUGUGUCCAGGCGUCAGAUUCAGACAGCUCGGAUGCAGACCGAUUGAGAUACAGCAUCCUCUCAGGAGACGACAGGAUGAACUUCUUCAUGGGCGCUGAAACGGGAAUCAUCACUCUAUCCAAUCAGCGUCGACAGGGAAUGAAAUCUCUCUACAACCUGAACGUGUCCGUCUCUGAUGGUGUGUUCACGAGCACUGCGCAGGUAAACAUCCGCGUUCUUGGGGCUAACCUUUACAGCCCGGUGUUCAACCAGAGGUUCUACCUGGCCGAGGUGAGAGAAAAUGCCCCAGCCGGUUCCCGGGUUAUACAAGUGAGAGCAACAGACGAGGACUCUGGGCUCUUUGGACAGAUUGUGUACUCGUUCAUCAACGACAUUGGGAAGACUCAGUUCAACAUAGCUCCGGACGGUCUGAUCACUACAGCACAGAAGCUUGACAGAGAGAGCCCGGCGAACAGAGACAUAGUGCUAACUGUAAUGGCGUUGGAUGGGGGAGGUCGAGCGUCCUUCUGCACUGUUCGUGUGAUACUUGCCGAUGAAAAUGACAAUGCCCCUCGUUUCCGUGCCGUGGAGUACAGGGUGAGCAUCAAAGCGAAUGCCCCCAUGGGCUCUCUGGUGACUCAGAUCCAAGCCCAGGACCCUGAUGUGGGGACUAACGGCCGGGUGAGUUACUCGCUCUACAGCGAGGCCCGGCUUCCCCUUGUGGAUGUUUUGGAGAUAGAGCCGGACAGCGGCUGGAUGGUGACCAAGGGCAGCGUGGCGCACCUAAGAGGAACGGUCUUGUCAUUCUUCGUCAAAGCCACAGAUGGAGGAACCCCUGCCAAACACUCCCUUGUCUCGGCCUUCAUCCAUGUGCUCCCUCCUGAAGCAACCAUUCCCUCCUUCACCCAGCCUCAGUACUCGUUUACGGUACCAGAAGAUACGCCUGCAGGAUCAGCGCUGGGUUCCGUCUACCUGAGCCUUGGUCAGACCGGAAUGUUUGCCGUGGUGAAUGGAGAAACCGUGGAGAGCAAUCUCGGAAGCACGUUUCUAGUCGAGCGAGAAACAGGACUCAUCCGGCUAGUGAAGGCGCUGGAUUACGAGGCUGUCAGCAACUUCCGCUUCAAGGUCUCGGCCACUAUGAGGCAGGACUUUGUCGAGUCCAUCUCCGUGGUGGACGUGGAGGUGAAGGUCCUGGACAUCAACGACAAUCAGCCCACCUUUGAGACGAGCUCGUACGUGGCCAUGGUCAUGGAGGGAUUGCCCAUUGGCACCAGGGUGAUCCAGGUGAGGGCUCUAGACCCCGAUUGGGGGUCCAAUGGGCAGGUCACCUACAGCCUUGGGACGAUUGAUAAUGCAGUGAUGGACCCGAUAUCUAGUACCAACUCGAUGUUUGCUAUUGACAGUAAGACAGGAUGGAUCACCACCGUCGGAGUAUUGGACCAUGAGACGUCCCCCUCUUAUGCUUUCAGCAUUGUGGCCUCUGAUCUCGGGGAGCUUGUGUCGUUGUCCUCCACAGCUGUGGUGAGCGUUACUGUUGCUGACGUGAACGACAACCCACCAACUUUUGAGAGGGACUACUACAGGGGUGCGGUAAGGGAGAGCGACCCACCUGGGGAGGUUGUGGCAGUCCUGAGCACCAGAGAUGGAGACACUUCGGACCAGAACCGCCUCGUCAGUUUCCACAUUGCAGGUGGCAAUCCCAAAGGAGCUUUUGCUCUCACCCCAGUGAAGGGAGAGUGGAAAGUGUUUGUGAAGCGCCCGCUUGACCGUGAAGCGCAGGACCUGUACGUCCUUAACAUCACGGCCAGUGACGGCCUCUUCAUGACCACGGUGGGAGUUGAGGUCACAAUCAUGGAUGCCAAUGACAACAGCCCUGUGUGUGAGAAGGAUCUCUAUGAGAGCUUAAUCCCUGAAGAUGUGCCCAUCAACAAAGGCAUCCUAACCGUGGUCGCCACAGACAAUGAUGUUGGCACCAAUGCAGACAUUCAGUAUUCACUAUUUGGCAUUGGAGUGGAGGACUUCUAUAUGGAUGCCAAUACAGGUGAGUUGAAGAUAGCCAAUGCCCUUGACCGGGAAAGGAUUCCCGUCUAUAAGCUGAUAGCCCAGGCUGCAGACGGAGGGGGCCUGUUCUGUCGCUCCGAGAUCUCCCUGACUGUGCUGGACGUGAAUGACAACCCACCCUCCUUCACGUUCACUCAGUACCUGGCCAGUGUCUUUGAGAACGCCUCUCCCAAAGCGCUCAUCACUCGGCUGCAAGCCAACGACCUUGACGAAGGUGUAAACAGGAAGGUGGUGUACUCUCUGCUUGACUCUGCUGACGGCGUGUUUUCCAUCGACGCCUCCUCUGGUGUCGUUGUUCUGGAAAAGUCUUUGGACAGAGAGUCGCAGGAAAUGUUUAAGAUCAGGGUGCAGGCGUCUGACCGCGAUGCUGCCGAGGGUGCUCUGUCCUCCGUGGUGGACCUCACCGUCAUGGUUCUGGACGUCAACGACAACCCACCCGUCUUCCAGAAGCCGGAUUACGCCGUCACCAUUCCAGAAGACGUUGCUGUGGGCGCCGAGGUGCUGCGAGUGUUUGCCGCGAGCGACGAUAUUGGAGCCAAUGGCGAGAUCUAUUACAGCAUCCGCUCUGGCAACGAGGAGGGGAAGUUUGCUAUUGACGUAGCCAAAGGCACCAUCACCAUAGCCGAUGAUCUGGACUUCGAGGUGUGUAAGGAUUACUUCCUGAAUGUGGAAGCCUGGGACGGCGGGAACCCACCCCUGAGCACCACUGCAAUGGUAACCAUCGAGCUGAUGGACGUGAACGAUAACGCCCCCUCCUUCAGCGAGGAAAUAUACAACGUAAUAAUUAGCGAGGACGCCAGCAUCGGGGAGACAGUGAUCAGGUUGAUGGCCGAGGACAUGGACAGCCAGGUGAAUGGACGCAUCACUUACUCCAUUCUGAGGGGCGACCGCAGGAACCAGUUCUGGAUUGACCCCAUAACAGGACUCCUCAAAGUCAACAAGGAACUAGACAGAGAAACGGUCUCCAGCUACUCCCUGGCUGUCCAGGCGUUUGACAGCGGCUCUCCGGCCAUGUCCUCCACCGUCACCAUCAACGUGGAGAUUUCUGACGUGAAUGACAACCCGCCCGUCUUCUCCCCAGCCAAUGCCACUGCUGUCAUCCAGUUGGACCAACCAGUGGGCACCAGCAUCCUGAAACUGAUGGUGACGGACAAAGACUCGCCUCGUAAUGGCCCUCCUUUUGAGUUCAGCAUCCUGUCUGGCAACGAGGAUGGAACCUUCGUCAUCGACCAAUUAGGAGAGCUCCGCUCCAGCCGCAUGAUUGGUCCAGAGACCACCAGAGAGUACACUUUGGAAGUCCAGGCGAGCGACUCGGGGAAGCCUCCUUUAUCGUCCAGCUCAUUUGUGUUUGUGCGUGCCAUCGGGGACAGCCUGUUCAAGCCUGUGACCAACCCCCUGGACAUCAGGGUGGUCAUGCCCACGGACGCGUUCCCUGGCGGCGUGAUCGGCCGCAUCUUCGCUACCGACCGCGACGUCAACGACGUCCUCUCCUUCACACAGCGGCCGCGGCCCAAGAGCCUGUUCAAGAUCAACCGGCAGGACGGCAAGAUCGUGGCACUGGCCGGCCUGGAGCCCGGGCGCUACUUCCUGAACGCCACGGUGAGCGACGGCCGCUUCUCGGUGACCACCGACGUCACUGUGGUGGUGGAGCAGGCCACGGACGAGAUGGUGCGCUCGGGGGCUACUCUCCGCUUCCAGGACGUCAGCCCUGAGGACUUCGUGGGGAUCCACCUGCCCAAGAUGAGGGCCAUCCUGCAGAGCCUGGUCGGGUCAGGGUCCACCACCACCACCACCACUGUUGCCGCGGGCAACGUCCCCCCGCCAGGGCAGGACCCCGUCCACCUGCUAAGCGUCCAGCCUGUGGGUCGGGGGGCGCUCCUGGAGGUUCUGCUGGCGGUGGAGAGCCCGGACGGGGGGUUCUACAGCCCCAGCGAGCUGGCCCUGCGGCUUGGGGACGUGGGCGAGGCACUGAGCGGGGUGGCCAAGCUGGUGGGCGUUCUGGAUCAGAGCUGUUCGGGAGGGCUGGAGUGCUCAGGGGACCAGGUGUGUGAGCAGAGCCUGACGCUGGACCCCAGCUCACUGGUCACCUACAGCACCGCCCAGGUCAGCCUGGUGUCGCCGCGCUUCACCAGGACAGAGAGAUGCACCUGCCCAGGAGGUGCGUGUCCAGUGCCCCUGGAGCUGUGUGAGGGACAGGCGUGUCCGCUGGACAUGCAGUGCGUGCGCACUGGCCCCACAGCGCCCUCUGUCUGCCAGUGCCAGCCUGGCAGCCUGGAUCAGUGUGCAGGCCAAACCUCCCUGAGCUUUGCGGGGAACAGCUACAUUAAGUACAGAGUGACGGACGGCAGCUGGAGUGGGGACAUGAAGCUGAGCCUCCGCAUCAGGACGCUGCAGAGCAGAGGGGUCAUCAUGUACACGCGCGGUGACCCCUGCACCAUGCUCAAGAUUGAGGAGGGGCGCUUGUGUUUCCAGCUGGACUGUGACAACAACGCGGACGUGCUGGGCAUCUCAGGCCGGCCAAUCAACGACGGGCGCUGGCACGCCGCCACGCUGGAGCUGACACAGAACUCCACGCUGCUCUCGCUGGACGACAGCUACGUGGAGAGCCGACGUGCCGCCCGCGCUCCACUGCCCGUCUGGCCCCUCGCCACCGACGGAUCGCUCUUCUUCGGAGCUCAGGUCCGUCCACCGGCGCUGCGUCUGAAGCGGCCUCCGCGUGCCCAGGGCGGCUUCCAGGGCUGCCUGGGCGGGAUGGUGCUCAACGGCAACGAGCUGCCGCUGCAGAACAAGCGUAGCCGCUACGCCGAGGUAGCCGCCGUCAGCGAGGUCAAGCUGGGCUGCAUCCUCUACCCUGACCCCUGCGCCACACAGCCAUGCCUCAACAUGGCCCUCUGCACCAGCCUGCCAUCUGGAGCGUUUGAGUGCAGCUGCGGAGCACAGUACACGGGGGAGCGCUGCGAGACGGAGGUCACGUCCUGCAUGCCCAACCCCUGUCAGAACGGAGGAGACUGCAAGGCUGUGGGCACCACCUUCCUCUGUGGCUGUCCGAAAGGAUUUGCCGGCCUCCUGUGUGACGAGGACGUGAACGAGUGCGAGCGUGAGGUGUGUGACAACGGCGGCGCCUGCGUGAACACCGUCGGCACGUUCUACUGCAACUGCACGGCGGGCUACGAGGGCCAGUUCUGCAGCCUGCUGUCGGCCGAGCUGCCCGAUACCGAGGUGAAGCCACUGACAUACGUGGGGCCCGUGGAGAUCAUUGGCAUCGGAGUGCUGGCGUUCGUCGUGCUCGUCCUGCUCCUGCUGCUGGCCAUCUUCCGCAAGCAGAUCCUCCGCAAGGACUGGGCACGGGCCGAGGCCGUGGGCAUGUCCACCGAGGCCAGCUUCAUGCUGCACAAGACGGGCACCGGGGCCGAGGGCAUCGAGUUCAAGGCCGUCCGAGUCGCUGGGACCACAGGGGGCGCCGCCGCAGCCGCCACCGUGGGUCACCAGGGUCAACGCUCGGGCGGUCUCUAUGGAAACGAAGGCCCGCCGCAAGUCCUGGUGCGACCCACGGGCUACACGACGCCCCACGGCCCCUCGGGCGACGGCCGCAUAAGCCCCGACCUGGACAAGACAGAGUCGUCCUCGGCGACGACGAGCGGACUGGCCACACUUUCCUACCCGCCACUGGUCAGCCGUUUCCAGGCUGACGCGGCGGCACCUCAUUUCCUGGACAGUGGUGUGGGCCGCAGGGGCGUGGCUGUGUGCAGCGUUGCACCACACCUCCCUGCCAUCCUGCCUGGCCACUCGGAGCGCAGUCCUGUCCACAAGCCCCCCUGGGAAAGGGACGCGUAUGACUAUGAGGACGCUGACACCGAGGAGGGGAACGAUGAGGACGACGAUGAUGGGACUGAGGGGACGGAGGAGGAGAGCCAGGAGAGCGGGUCUCUGGAGUGGCAGCACAUGCCCUACCGCCCCGACAGCAGAGCCAGCGGAGCCAGACCGCAGGAUGUGUCUAACUUGGUGGAGGAGGUGACAUGUUUCUCAGAUAACAAUUCCGAGGCGCGUUCGCUUCGUUCGUUCCAGUCGGACUCCUGCGAUGAUAACGCUUCCAUUGUAACGGUCAUUCGACUGGUCAAUGACACAGUGGACACCAUUGAGAACGAAGUGGCCACCCUGGGGGAGAUGCAGAGCUAUGGAGUCAAUGCUCAUCAACAGCAUCAGCGUGACGAUCAAAUUUGUGUUGAGUUCGUCAAAGAAUACUUUGUGAAUUCAUACCACUGGGAGACAUCAGAGUGGGUGCCGGAUCCGUGUUUGCCCAGCGUUAAGAUGCCCCCUCAGUUCCGCCCCGAGCGUCCACCCUCCAGGCACCCCAGCCAUGCCGACAACCUCUCCCUCUCCAAAGAUUUCCCUCUGAGGGCGUUCAACAACGACGACGACGAUGACGUUCUGGAUUACCGUACAUCUGUGCACGAUGUGGAGGAGUGUUCGUCCCCCGUCUAUGAGGAGUACGGGGAUCAGGACCUUUACGACACACUGCCCGCCACGCGGCCCCUCUACCCGGGCGGGUACCCGUGCGAGGGCAGGGGCAGAGGGAGGUCCAGCCUGAGUACUAGCCCCUGCCCCAGCCCCGGCCCUAGCCAGGCCUGCUACCUGACUGGCUCGUUGUACCUGCCGCCGCUGCGGGCCUGGGACGAGCGACCGCAAAGUUGGGCGCCGGAGGUGCCACCACUGCGAGCAGGCAGCCUGCGCGAUGUCGGGGCGCUGCUGGGCCGCGCGUCCAGUCCCAGGCCCCGCCGCAUUCCUAGCAGCCUGCGGAACCCCCAGAGCUCCGUCCGGGACCUGACAGAGUACAGCCACCUGCGGACCCCCCAGGGUUCUGUCCGAGACUUGGCACAGUACGGUCAUCAGGGUUCGGUCCUAGACUUGGCACAGUACGGUCAUCAGGGUUCUGUCCGAGACUUGGCACAGUACGGUCAUCAGGGUUCGGUCCGAGACUUGGCACAGUACGGUCAUCAGGGUUCGGUCCGAGACUUGGCACAGUGCGGUCACCAGGGUUCUGUCCGAGACUUGGCACAGUACGGUCACGUGCAGAUGCCCCAGGGAUCUGUCCGAGACCUGUCGCAGUAUAGUCACCUACGAACCCCCCAGGGUUCCAUUCGGGAUCUGUCCCAGUACUGCCGCAGGUACUAAGCCCUUCUCCAGGCACUCCGAGUGCAGCUCCAGCAGCUCAGCACAGCUGCUGCAGCAGAGCCUGUGCUCACCACACACCACACCACACCACACCACACCACACCAAAGUCAAGGGGCCUGUAUACACCAGCCACACAUAAUGACUGAAAAAUACAAUAUAUCUGCAAUGUACUGUAAAAAAAGCGUCUGUUAGAUUAGUACAGUAAAUGUAAUUGUUUUGUAUGGACAGUGGGAGCAGAUUGGUGAUGGGGAAGGGGGAUUAACUGGAACAGAGAGGAAGUGUGUGUGUGUGUGUAUGAGUGGAGCUGGUAUUUGAUUUCGCUCUAAAGAGAACAAAAAUCUUCCACUCCACCAAUUCAUCUCCGUCCACAGCCAGUCCAGGUGGGAACCACCAGCCUCGGACUACGCCGGCCCCGAGUGUGGCUGAUCAAGGCCCCGAGUGUGGCUGAUCAAGUCCAAUAUUUAAAGUCUACAUAGAUGAGAAAGAAAUAACGAGA